AUGCCAGCCGUCUGCCGUCCCAAAGAGCAAAACUGUUGCGACGCCUUCCUAGUUCUGAUCCUGGUUGCUACCCUUAUCCCUGUCGUCCUCUCUGAGGGACCAUUUGGACAACAGGGCCGCUUCCUCGGUGGAUUUCGCGGACCUCUCGUAGGAGCAGCCGCCACCCCAGGCAUCUCCUCGGUCGAGCCAGUCUACCCCCCGCAGCCAUACAGCUUCGGCUACGAUAACGUGGACGAGUUCGGCACGCAGUCCUACCACAAGGAGCAGGGCGACGCCAACAACGUGAAGACCGGAACGUACGGCUACCGCGACGCCAGCGGCAUCUACCGACGGGUGUCAUACGUGGCUGACGCCAAUGGCUUCCGCGCCACCGUCGACACCAACGAGCCGGGAACGGCGCCUGGCUACAGCGCUGACGCCGUCUUCAAUGCCAAACCGGCCGUUGUUCCUGCUGCGGCAAAGUCGGCGUCAGCACCCAUCCCUGCCUACGCUGCUCCAGUUGCAUUCGGCCCGGCUCCCUGGUCAGGCUGAACGCUGACGAGCACGCUUAACUCCAAAUAAUGUAGACUUGAUGAGUGCCUGUUCCUAAAUAAAACUGGCUUAUCAGA